GCCGGCACGUGUUUUGUCCGGUCACUGCGUCGCCGCCGCACCCGGGAUCGCUCUGCCGGGGCUCAGGGUCUGGCCGGCGCCUUGCCCGGGUCCGCUGCCUGUGAGGAGCCGAGCGCCUGAGAGUGCGUGAGCCAUGGGGAAGGCCAAGUCGGCACGGAAGGCCCCCGGCCCCAAGCCCAAGCCCAACCCCUUCGAAGUGAAAGUCAACCGGCAGAAGUUCCAGGUCCUGGGCAGGAAGACUCGCCACGACGUGGGGCAACCCGGCGUGUCCCGUGCGCGGGCCAUCAAGAAGCGCACCCAGACAUUGCUAAAGGAGUACAAGGAGCGGGAUAAGUCCAACAUUUUCAAAGACAAACGCUUUGGGGAGUACAACAGCAGCAUGAGCUCUGAGGAAAAGAUGCUGAAGAGGUUCGCACUGGAGCAGCAGCGCCAGCACGAUAAGAAAAGCAUCUACAACCUGAACGAGGACGAGGAGCUGACCCAUUACGGUCAAUCCCUGGCGGACAUCGAGAAGCUGCACGACAUCGUGGACAGCGACAGUGACACUGAGGAGCGCGGCAUGCUGUCAGCCGAGCUGACGGCGGCCCAUUUUGGAGGGGGCGGCGGGCUCCUUAACAAGACGACGUCCCGGGGAGGUGAGGAGAGGGACCAGGCGAAGUCCCGCCGAGAGCUGAUCGAGGAGCUCAUCGCCCGGUCGAAGCAGGAGAAGAGGGAGCGGCAGGCGCAGCGUGAGGACGCGCUGGAGCUCACGGACAAGCUGGACCAGGACUGGAAAGGUGUCCAGACCCUCCUGUCACACAGGAAGCCCAGGGCGGAGGACAGGGAGCAGCCGCAGAAACCCCAGGCCGACACCUACGACAUGGCGGUGCGGGAGCUCGGCUUCGACAUGAAGGCCCAGCCCUCGGACAGAAUGAAGAGCGAGGAGGAGCUGGCCCGGGAUGAGCAGCAGCGGCUCAGGAGGCUAGAGGCUGACCGGCUUCGCAGGAUGCUGGGGGAGGAAGGACAGCGCGAGCGACCGAAGCACAUGUCGGCAGACGACCUGAGCGACGGCUUCAUCCUGGACAAGGACGACCGGCGUCUGCUCUCCUACAAGGAUGGGAAGAUGAACGUGGAUGAGGAUGUCCAGGAAGAACAGGAUGGGGGUGCCGGUGGCGGGGACAGUGAGGAGGAAGAGGAGCAGGAACAGGAGUCCAGCGGGGAGGACACAGAACAGAGCGAUGGUGCAGAUAGCCACUCAGACCUGGACUCCGACACAGACAGCGAGGGUGACCAAGAGGGCCUGGAGGGGGGACAGCUGCCGGCACCCAGGAAGAGAUGUGGAGGCACAGACCCCCAGGCCCAGGCCGCUGCCCGUGCUGAACUGCCCUACACGUUUGCAGCUCCUGAGUCCUGCGAGGCCCUGCGGUCGCUGCUGGGGGGGCGGCCUGCCGACGAGCAGCUGCUGGUGGUGGAGCGGAUUCAGAAGUGCAACCACCCAAGCCUAGCGGCGGGCAACAAGGCCAAGAUGGAGAAGCUGUUUGGCUUCCUCUUGGAAUACGUCGGGGCCUUGGCCACGCGAGACCUGCCGGACCUCAGUGUGAUUGACAAGCUGGUCCCGCAGCUGUACAACCUCUGCCAGCUGUUCCCUGGGGCCGCGAGCGAGGCCGUGAGGUUCGUGCUCCGAGACGCCAUGCACGACAUGGAGGAGGCGCUGGACGCCAAGGGCCGCGCUGCCUUCCCGGGCCUCGACAUGCUCAUUGUCUUGAAGAUUGCGGGGUUGCUUUUCCCGACCUCUGACUUCUGGCACCCGGUGGUGACCCCCGCGAUGGUGUGUAUGAGCCAGCUGCUCACCAAGUGCCCCGUGCUCUCCCUCCGGGACGUGGUGAAGGGGCUGUUCGUGUGCUGCCUCUUCCUGGACUUCAUGUCCCUGUCCCAGCGGUUCGUGCCCGAGCUUGUCAACUUCCUGCUCGGCCUCCUGCACGUCGCUGCUCCCGACAAGCCAGCGCUGGGUUACACCCUAGUGCACCCUUUCCGAGCCCUUGGGAAGCACUCCGAGCUGCUCCUGGUCUCCAACAGAGAGGACGGGGCCACGUGGCAGCAGAGAGGCCUGCCCCUGCGCUGGGCCAACGGCCUGCCAGCCCACACAGAGACAGAAGCCAACCAUGCCAGGCUGUCCUGCGUGGCCGUGGCCCUGGCCCUGGUGGACCGCUGUGUGAUGCUGUACAGCGCCCUGCCUGCCUUCCAGGACAUCAUGCAGCCCCUGCGAGUGGUGCUUACCGAGCACCUAGACCUCAGCCACCCCCAGGUCCUGCAGGAGAUGUGUCGCAGCACCCUGGCCAGGAUGGGGGCCCAGGGGCAGCGCUGCCGGCCCCUGGUCUGUGAGAAGAGCAAGCCAGUGCCGCUGAAGCUGUUCACCCCGAGGCUGGUCAAACGGAAGCGGAAGGUGAAGCAGCUGGUCAACAGCCUGGCGACGCAGGAGGGCGAGUGGAAGGCCCUCAAGAGGGGAAAGUUCAAGAGGUGACCACCACGGAGGCCAGCCAACAGACUGUCAACAGCCCGGCAGAGGAACUGGGUUCGCCCGGGCACAUAUUUGGCCCUGCCGUCCAGUGCUGGGCAGCAGGGACGCCCAGGGCCUUGCCAAGGCAGAGCUGGUCUCAUCCGGGCCCUUGGGACCGUUCAGACAGGCUCCAGCCAUGGGAUUUUGAAGAACACCACACCCACAGGCCGGCCAUCCCUGGCCCAGGGUCUGGGGGACACUAUCCACCCCACGGGGGCUGCCCAGAGCCUCCUUUGCUGGCUGUCAUCCCCCACCUGGGAGAGGGACAGCCCAAGGCUGAGGCACGUCCUGGCCAACACCUGCUGCCUGCCCAUCAGGGACAGGGAGGCACAGGCGCGGACCCUGGUGGGCAGGGGAGGGGACCCGCCAGCCCUGAUGCUGCUCUUGGUGAGUAAAGCCUGCAGUCUGC